AUGGCGAAUAUCUCUUCGAGCUUGGGAGUUUCACUAUUCCGCGAUGGAAAAAUUGGAAAACGAACGAUCCACGCACGGAACACUAAAACCGGAAGCUUUCAGGCGCUUUUCAACAGACUGAAAAAUCAUGAAGCUGCUAAAUUUCAAAUUUGGAAAUAUUUUCUCAUUGAAAACUUGUUCCACUCGUCAAACAUUUCUGCACUUCUGACUCCAGUGAGUUUCCUUCGUCCAAAACUCAAGUUUCAAUACUCAAGUACUUUGGUUACGUUCAAGAGUGAAGGAAAUAUUUCGCUGCAGUCGUCGCAACACUCGAACACGAAUAGUUCGUGUUCGGCGAUGGGGAUCUUUGGUUCGAGACAGAAUGAGCUGGGAUUGUGGAACGAACGUUCCCAUGCACUGUCCCAGUUUUCCACAAAGACGCUCACAGAUCUUUCGCCAAGACUCUCCCUGAAUCACGGCCCAGUUUUUUAAACGCUUUGGCCAGAGAUUUCGCUCACACCCAUUACCAUGGAGCCAUCAAAAGAGCGAGUGGCAACCGCACCGUCGAAGCUUAGGCGAAUGAGCAUUUGCACUCAAAUUACUACGCUCGUCCUUUUCGAAAGCUAUUUUCGAAAAUGCUUACAGUAAUUUCACGAGGAUUAAGCAAAUUUAUGCACAACUUCAGGACGAAGUUAUUGUACAGUCGAAUCUACGAUCUAUGCUGGCUUUCUUCAAGAAAAAUGAUCGCAGUAAAAUCCAGGAUGCACUCAUGCAUAGAUUGUAUUAUAAAGCAUUAACUUUGUUGGUCUCACUGAAAUUUGAAAAAUCUACUUGCGCACCAAAUCGUUAUGAAUAUGAGUUUUUAUUUAUUUUUGUUUUUCAAAGUGAAUCAUUCGUGUGAUGCUUUCGAUAGAUAAAUUUUUCAACUCGGGGAUUAGACGAAAUUACGAAUUGUUUUGGCCUUUGAUA